AAAUGGUGGGCGAGUUGUGAGCGGAUCACACGACGGGACGGCAAGAGUGUGGAGAGCAGUGAACCAGUCGAAGGUCUGAAUCCAAUACAGACAGGACACGGGUCGGUGUGCGCAGCGAGAUACUCACCCGAGGCAUCAAUGAUUGCCACAGGAGGAUACGAGGAAGGAAUCAAAAUCUGGGACGCGAAGACGGGCGAGCUGCUGUCCAUGAUCGAACCCGGUCAAAUGGUUUGGAGCUUAACCUGGUCAUCGGAUGAAAAGAAGCUUAUUGCUGGGUUGAUCCAUGGCUCGAUUUGGAUAUUCGACACUGCCACAUGGCAGCAGACCGCUGUUUUGGAGGGUCACAGAUCUGUUGUCUACUCCAUCACUUUAUUUCCCAAUGACCGCCUCCUUGCGAGUACAUCUUGGGAUAAGACAGCGCGUCUCUGGAAUCUUGAUACAAACCUCGAAAUCGGGCCACCUCUUCAACACGAAAAUUUCGUCACUUGUGUGGCAUUUUCCGCUGAUGGAAAGCUGCUAUCCACUGCAGGUUGGAUGGAUGAAAACGCGUACAUAUGGAACAUCCAAGACAUCCUCAAAACAGCUGGCCUAGAGGAUAUCCUGUUCAUACCUGAUGUGAGUGCCAACUUGACUCUCACCCGCUAUCUUAUUCCCAAUGGCCGUCAGGCACAAAAAUCUGAACUCAACAACAAGCUAUCAGAUGCUAAUGCUACGCGACGUCCGCCCAUCCGUCCAGCCCCACGUCAAGUGCUACCAGGCUUUUUCGAUAACGUGCAAGAUGGUAGCCCUUCCUCCACUACCCGCCGUCGAGUCCAUCCUGAUCCCUUUCUACAUCGCCUCCGCAAUGCUUUUGCACCAUCCUGGGUAUCACGUCCACGUGCGCUGCUCCCUCGCCUUCCCUCACUCUUCCACCGUUCCCCACCCAACACCGAUGAACCAAAUGAACCUCAGCAACAUCCACGGGGACCUGGUACCUCCUCUCGUCGCAGUCCUCCUGUUAUCGACGUUCCUGCACUAGAUGACAAGAAGGCACUGUAUGUUGCUCGGCGGCCAGAACGAGCCAGCGACAAAGCAAAACGUGUCGAUAACUCCAAAUGGUGGGCUCGUGUUGUGCUGUUCCUCUGCUGUGCAUCUCCGUCCAACGAUGACGGUCACUGAUGGUUUUAGAACACGGACGAUCAUAUUCAUAUUCAUAUCCUCCUUUUGUUAUCCUUCAGCGUUUUUCUGUUACCUUUAAUGACAGUCAUUGACGCCUCGCAUUCUAAUUUGUCUGUAAAGUGACAAGUCGAUUUGCACGCCAGCUAGCGAGGACUGUCUCGCUUGGAGGAGCUCAGUAUGACU